AUUUUAAUAACAUAAAAUAACAUCGCCAUCUGCCAUUAAGUCAACUGGUGAAUAUACCGAGAUCCAAAAAUGGAAACAGACCUUUAUGGGUCACUGCCUGAGGAUGAAAAUAACUCUGUUGCCCCCAAAGUCGAAAUGCCCAGCCUUUGCCCUGCCUGCAACUGCUAUAUAAAAGUUGCAUCUGCCGAACAAGAGCAACAGUUACCUCAACUGCUCUACGAUGCGCAUCUUCUGGUUGUUCGGCUUAUUGACAGCUCUUCUGGUGGCUCAAGGGCCUGGGGCCGGCGAGGCGAGCUGUGCGUGUGAAAGGACAACGACGCCGUGUCCUACGACAACGACGACGUGUCCUACGACAACGAAGACGUGUCCUACGACAACGAAGACGUGUCCUACGACAACGUCGACGUGUCCUACGACAACGACGCCAUGUCCUACUACAACAACGCCAUGUCCUACGACAACAACAACGACCACAAAGAAACCGUGUGAAACGACCAGGAAGCCGACUCCUCCAACAGAAAAACCAACAAACCCACCGACAACGAAGCCGACUCCAACGACAGAAAAACCAUGUGAAACGACCAAAAAGCCGACUCCUCCAACAGAGAAACCGACAAACCCACCUACAAAGAAGCCGACUCCUACGACAGAAAAACCAUGUGAAACGACCAAAAAGCCUACUCCUCCAACAGAGAAACCGACUAAACCACCAACAAAGAAGCCCACUCCUCCAACAGAGAAACCGACAAACCCAACUACAAAGAAGCCGACUCCUACGACAGAAAAACCAUGUGAAACGACCAAGAAGCCGACUCCUCCAACAGAGAAACCGACAAACCCACCGACAAACCCACCGACAAACCCACCGACAAAGAAGCCCACUCCUCCAACAGAGAAACCGACAAACCCAACUACAAAGAAGCCGACUCCUACGACAGAAAAACCAUGUGAAACGACCAAGAAGCCUACUCCUCCAACAGAGAAACCGACAAACCCACCGACAAACCCACCGACAAACCCACCGACAAACCCACCGACAAAGAAGCCUACUCCUCCAACAGAGAAACCGACGAACCCACCGACAAAGAAGCCCACUCCUACGACAAGGAAACCAUGUAAAACGACCAAGAAGCCAAGACCACCGACUAAGAAACCAUGUCGAACGACAAAGAAGCCCCGCCCACCGACAAAGAAACCAUGUAAAACGACUAAGAAGCCCCGUCAUACAACAAACAAACCGUGUGGAACAACAAGGAAGCCGCACCAUACCACCAAGAAACCGUGUGCACCGACAAAGAAACCGAAUCCUACCCCGAAGAAACCGUGCGCUACAACGAAGAAGCCGUGUGUCCCGACGAAGAAACCGUGUCGUCCGACAAAGAAGCCACAGAAGCCUGCAACUUGUAAGCCCAAAUGUAAGACUCAUCGCCCAACAAAGAAUCAAAACUGCACCACCGAAAUGUAAGAAAGCCACCAGAAAAAAAUGUCCUUCGCCAAAACAACCGCCAACCUGCCGUAAACCACCUCCCCGUCGACCUAUCAGAAAAUCACCACCAAGACGCAGACCAGCUGAUCGACGACCACAAGGGAAUCGUUAAGGGCACACUGAACGGGACUGUUUGAAAUACUUUGAUUACCUUCUACUUUUUGUUAACCUGUUUUUUUUUGUCUUAUGUCAUUGUUGAAUUGUUUUAAAAGGUUUAGGUUACACUUGUUAAUACGGGCAUGUUUGUCUCGGAAACACACACACACAUAGUAUUCAUAUUAACCAAUAUAUAUUCGCAAAAAGCAUUCUAUUGACUUUU